GGGCCGGUAGAGCGAGCUGCCGAGCCAGCCCUGCGAACGCGAUCCCGCCAUGGUUCCGCUGCCCCUGGCCCUGCUGGCCGCGCUGCUGGCCGCCGGCCACGCCGCCAACCCCUGCUGCUCGAACCCCUGCCAGAACAGAGGMGUCUGCAUGACCGCGGGGCCCGAUCGCUACGAGUGCGACUGCACCAGGACGGGCUACUACGGCCAGAACUGCACCACGCCGGAAUUCUUCACGUGGCUGAGGCUAGCGCUGAAACCAUCGCCGAACACUGUCCACUACAUCCUCACCCACUUCCAAGGAGCCUGGAAUAUCGUCAACAACAUUCCCUUCUUGCGGGAUGCUAUUAUGAGAUAYGUGCUAACGUCGAGAUCACAUUUGAUYGAUAGCCCACCGACUUACAAUAGUGACUACAGUUACAAGAGCUGGGAAGCUUAUUCCAAUCUUUCCUACUAUACGAGGAGUCUUCCACCAGUAGGACUUGACUGCCCAACACCAAUGGGUGUUAAAGGUAAGAAGGAGCUCCCAGAUUCAAAGCUGAUCGUGGAGAAGUUUCUGCUGAGGAGAAAGUUCAUUCCUGACCCGCAAGGCACCAACGUGAUGUUCACGUUCUUCGCCCAGCACUUCACCCACCAGUUCUUCAAGACGGACCACAAGAGGGGCCCUGCUUUCACCAGAGCGCUCGGCCACGGGGUUGAUUUGAACCACAUUUAUGGAGAAACUCUGGAGAGACAGCUUAAAUUGAGGCUYCGAAAGGAUGGAAAGCUAAAAUACCAGAUGAUCGACGGAGAGAUGUACCCACCGACGGUGCGGGACACGCAGGCUGAGAUGCUGUACCCGCCCCACGUCCCCGAGCACCUGCAGUUCUCCGUGGGCCAGGAGGUGUUUGGCCUCGUGCCAGGGCUCAUGAUGUACGCCACGAUCUGGCUGCGCGAGCACAACCGUGUCUGCGACGUGCUCMGGCGUGAGCACCCCGACUGGGACGACGAGCAGCUCUUCCAGACCACCCGCCUCAUCCUCAUAGGAGAGACGAUCAAGAUCGUCAUUGAGGACUACGUGCAGCACCUGAGCGGGUACCACUUCAARCUGAAGUUCGACCCUGAGCUGCUGUUCAACCAGAGGUUCCAGUACCAGAACCGCAUUGCGGCCGAGUUCAACACACUGUACCACUGGCACCCGCUGCUGCCCGACACCUUCCACAUCCACGACCAGGAGUACACCUUCCAGCAGUUCCUCUACAACAACUCCAUCAUGCUGGAGCACGGCCUCUCCCAUAUGGUCAAAUCYUUCUCCAAGCAAAGUGCUGGCAGGGUUGCUGGUGGGAAGAACGUUCCUGCUGCGGUGCAGAAAGUGGCAAAAGCUUCCAUUGACCARAGCAGGCAGAUGAGGUACCAGUCCUUGAACGAGUACAGGAAACGCUUCAUGCUGAAACCGUUCCGGUCCUUCGAAGAACUGACAGGAGAGAAAGAGAUGGCUGCGGAGCUGGAGGAGCUGUACGGGGACAUCGAUGCCAUGGAGCUGUACCCAGGCCUGCUGGUGGAGAAGCCCCGGCCCGGGGCCAUCUUUGGCGAGACCAUGGUGGAGAUGGGGGCACCCUUCUCCCUGAAGGGUCUGAUGGGCAACGCCAUCUGCUCGCCCGAGUACUGGAAGCCCAGCACCUUCGGGGGCCAGGUGGGCUUCRACAUCGUCAACACGGCCUCCCUGCAGAAGCUCAUCUGCAACAAUGUCAAGGGCUGUCCCUUCACCGCUUUCCACAUCCUGCCUCCCGAGCCCACCGAGGCCACCAUUAACGUUAGUACCUCAAAAACUGCCAUGGAAGAUAUCAACCCCACGCUUCUGCUGAAAGAGCGCUCUGCCGAGCUGUAGAGAUCCAGCUAGUUGUCUAUUUAUUUAUUUAACUGUCUUAUUUAUUCUAUUUAUGGCUUAGUAUUUAAAAAAACAACUUGAGUAUCUUCAUUGUGGGGGUUGCCUUAAGUUCCUUACUGAGGUAAGGCUUCCAUUUACAAAAGGGAUUUUCUGUGUUCGAGCUCGACAGUGGUGAAUCCCUUGUUUAAAAUCUUCUGUAACAGAACGAUGUAUUCCAAAGUGGAGAAAGGAUCCAACUUUGUUUUAAUACUGUUUUAAUACUUGAUGAAGGGGGGGUGGUGGUGAUUCUGUCUGGCAGUUUUCAUGGGUCAAGYAACACUACAGAAGCAACUUCUUUUCUCAGCAACUUGAAAGCAGCUAUUGACCUACAAGAAAAAUCUGACUUAAUGAAAACUGCCAGAAGAGAUUACAGAUUCCAUAUGAGCACUCAAAAACUAACCAAAAAAUACUUGAGACUCACUUUUUUAUAUAAGGUCAGAAAAUGCAUUACRUUUGUUGUUGGUACUACCUCUCCCUCAUUGCAGAUAGGGCACUUUGUAUCAUAACUUAAUGUCUCUUGUGAACAAAUCCACUCCUGGAUGGAGAUGGAARUCAAUGUUUUUUACAACUUUUUAAAAAGCGUAAUUAUUUAAAGAAAGUAGUACUUUUCUUGAAUUUCUACUUUUUUUUGAAGCAGGUGUGGCAGAUGUGUUAGUUGUGUAAGGGAGUGAGAAUGGGAUCCUGAGCUUAGCAUUAACUGAGUUUCAGGCUGCUUGCGUUUGGAUAGGGAUGUUUUUAUUGUGYAACUUUGGGGAAGUCUUAAACUUAGCCCAAGGCACUGGGAUUCUUCUCAUAGCUGUAGUUCUCUGGUCUACUUGRUAAUGUAAUUUUAAUGUCUGUUGCUCUGAGGACGGGAGGAUGUUGUAGCUGGAGCUGGGGUGUGGCUGUGGCUUCGUGCUCCCAGGGCAGAGGGGCUGUAAAACUGAGCAACUCUGUAAAUACACAGAGAGCUGAGCACAGAAGGGGUUCAGCACUGCCUCCAGGCACAGGAGGCAGCUCUGCCUGUGUGUGCAAGCUGUACAUGCUAUUUGUGCUUCUAUUUAUUGGGGUUGGGGUGGGGGGGGGAGGAGGGGUGAUAUUUUACUUAUAAUUUAUAAACAGAGGCAUUUUAAAUAAGUGGCUUGAGCUUCUUUAAAACUGGUUAGCACAGAAUCUCCUUGACAUAUUUGUCGUGAUCCAGCAUUAAAAUAUCUAGUCUCAUCUGGGCACAGGAUCUUGUACCAGCACUUCAGACUUUGCAUGUAAGGGUAUCUUUUUUUAAUUUCUAGAGAGGAAGUGUAGAAGAUGAUCUUCCCAUAAAAACAGCUGGGGAACUAUAGGGAAAAAGAAAAUGUCACUUCAGACUGGAGUAGAGCAGCAACCUGGUGUUUUGUGCCCCUGCCCAAAAUUCCUUGACUACUUGUGGAAAAGGACUUGAGUUUUCUGUUUCAUCUGACUCUGUSUAGCACUUGUAGAGGCUCGUGCAUUGUACCAGCUGUGGCAGUAGUGUAGUUUGUCUGUGGCUGCUGUUCCAUGGAUUUGUUUAGGGCCAGCCAUGCCUCAUGCUGGGCAGGUCUGUGAGGAGCAGAACAAGCUAUGUGGCAGCCACCARUACCAGUGACUGCUCUGGGCUGGUCCUUGGUACGGAUGCUGUGGGAGAAAGAAGGGCAUUUGUUUUCCUCCUUCUGUUUGAAGCAUGAAGAAGGGAAAGCCUUGUCUCCCUUUGUGUCUAGAGGGGGUCAGUGCUAACGAGCAAACACUGCUGGGACACCGGCUCCUCAUGCAUCAUCAGAUCCAUCAGAUCCAGCUCUGGACACCCUCCAGAGCAUCCUUGUGCCAUUCACCCAGGAGCAGGGUUUGGCUGAGAGGCAAGGGGAGGCGAGUCUAGGCACAACGAGUUAUUUUGGGGUGGGUACAGAGGAACUCCUCGGACCAUCUCGCCUGAGUUACAGGCUGCUGCAGCAAGGAAUCCUGUGCACUCUGUGUUUUGUACUCCACAGCCACUGAAUGUGGGGGUCUGAGAUUAUUUAUUUAAAAUUCUGUGAAUUGUUUUUCACUUUAUUUUUGUAGGACAACAAUGUUGUUAAAAUGCAGUUGUUUAAAUAAAUAAAUCGAAAACAUUA